AUGCCCGUCGAGACUUCGCCAGUUGCAAGACGACGCCGACUGCUCUCCGGAACCCAAACGGAACAGCCAUUGCAUCGGAUGGAGAAAAUCAUCCACAACUUCUACUCUGAUCUCUUCGACAGCCAUGUCCACUUGCCUCCUCACCAUCUGAGGGAAGACGGACAAGUCAUUCCAGAGGUUCUCCCGUCCGAAAUACGACAUGCUAUCAUGUCGGUAAGAAAUCGUACGGCACCCGGCCCCGACAGAAUAAGACCAGAACACCUGAAGAGCCUUCCGCCAGUACUCAUCAACACCCUGGCGAGGCUCUUUACGCGUAAUCUGUCGGAAUGCAAGGUUCCUAAACAGUGGAAGACCAGCAAGACCGUGUUGUUGUAUAAAAAUGGAGAUCCACAUGACAUCGGCAACUAUCGUCCAAUCUGCCUACUGUCCGUCAUCUACAAGCUCUUUACAAGAGUGAUUCUUAAUAGGAUUGAAAGUCUUGGAUGA